AACAAUGAAACAACAAAAUAGUGUCGAAUUUUUUUCUAAAUUCUGAAAAGUCCGUUGAUUAAUUUGUUAAAAAAAAACAGAUAAUAUCGCCCUCAAAAAAAUAUUUAAGAAAAAUAUAUUCAACAUCCCUACAGUUCGCCGAGUCGGAAGUCGGAGUUGUGUGCAUAGAAGUUUGAGGAAAGAGCCGAAAAACGAAAAAUCGAACAAGGCGGAUAGCGAGAAACGCAAAAUUAACACAUCUGCUUGCCAUACAAAAAAAAUAACCAAAAACCAAACCAAACCAACCCAAGACCAAGACCAAGACCGCCUUACAUCGUGCAUCGCAUCGCACUCUACGUCGUCCUCUGUCCGUUCUCCCACCCCCCCUGUAUUGCCUGUUCUUCGAAAAGCGAGCAACAGCAGCAGCAGGCCCCAAAAUCAAUAAUCUGGUUGUGUGGUUUUCGCGGCUUUUUUUUUGUGUUUUCUUUCAAAAACAAUCAAUACCCGAAGGUAACGUGUGUAGAAACAAAAUCUAACAAUUCCACCUCUCAGUGUGCGUUUGCGUUUGCGUUCGUUGACGCUUGACAUAUUGAAUGGGCACAGAAACCAAGAGCAACAGUUACACAGGACAGAUUUCAACAAGUGGCGGCAAUCCAAAAGUGAUGAAAGAUUCUUUAUCCUUAGUUCGUCAAACGGUCAAUCAGCAAUCGCAAUCGAAUCAGAAUCAAUAUCAAAACGAUACCGAUAACGAUAACCAUUUGAAUUCAAACUCAAAAUCGUAUUCAAACGCAACCAAAACCAACCAACCAGAGACAAACCACACGGAGAAGAACAUAUCGCCAUCGACCAACGAAUCAAAGAAGAUUAUUGUACCCUUUGUGCCCAUUUUCGUUGAGGAGGCUGAUGUAAUUCAAGGGGCAAAAGAGCUAUUGAAGGUUAUACGACCGAACUGGGAUCUCGCCCACGUUGAAUUUAAGAGUUUUACUGAUGGCAUCACAAACAAACUGGUUGGUUGCUUCCACAAGCCAACAACCAAACUGAAGAGGAGCGAUGAGAAGGACGCCGAUGACAAAGAACAACAAGAGCCAUAUGUACCCCCCAUCAAAGUUGAGGAUCAUCCAGCAGUGCAGGAGGAGGACAAGGACGAGGACGAGGAGGAGUUUACGGCGAAUGGGGAAACAGAUGGCCUACCUCUACAGUACUCCGAUAACGUAGUCCUGGUCAGGGUAUAUGGAAACAAAACGGACCUACUGAUCGAUCGGAAAGCUGAAACGCAAAAUUUUCUACUAUUGCAUACAUACGGCCUAGCGCCAUCGCUCUAUGCAACAUUCAAGAACGGCCUCGUCUACGAAUACGUACCUGGUACCACCUUAAAUACUGAAAGUGUUCUGUGUCCAGAGAUUUGGCCCUUGGUUGCUCGUCGCAUGGCUGAAAUGCAUCGUAAGGUUAGAAAGAAUGUUGGAGAUAUAGUAGGAGGUGCUGCCAGUGCCAGUGCCGAUGCGGUUGCGGAUGCAGCUAAACCAUUGCCAAUGAUAUGGACGAAAACGCAAAGCUUUCUUGAUUUAGUACCUGAACGUUUUACCGAUGCUGAGAAACACAAAAGAGUGAAAGGAACAUUUUUACCUAUUUGUCGACUGCGUGAGGAAUUCAACAGCUUGUACAAAUAUCUGGUGGCAUUAGGCAGUCCAAUUGUUUUCUCACACAACGACCUACUGCUGGGCAAUGUCGUCUACACGAAAUGCAUGAAGACGGUCAACUUUAUUGACUACGAGUAUGCCGACUAUAAUUUCCAGGCCUUCGAUAUUGGCAAUCAUUUCGCGGAGAUGUGCGGUGUCGAUGAGGUGGACUAUACGCGAUAUCCGAAGCGUGAGUUUCAAUUGCAAUGGCUGCGCGUCUACCUCGAGGAGUAUCUGCAGCGUACGAAUAUACAGAGCGAAGAGGUUGACCUGCUUUACGUGCAGGUCAAUCAGUUUGCCUUAGCAUCGCAUAUCUUCUGGACAGUGUGGUCCCUAUUACAAGCCGAGCAUUCCACUAUCGAUUUCGAUUAUGUAGGCUAUGCGUUUCUUCGCUACAAUGAAUACUUGGCCAGGAAGGAGGAGUUUUUAUCAUUGACUGCUGCAUCGCAGAAGAACAAUAAAUGAGUUCUCUCCCUCUCACUAUAUAUAUAUAUAUAUAUAUUUAUUUAUAUAUUAUGUGCCCCCAGUGAUAUAUGUGUGUAAACUAAGGCUGGCAACGGGUCUCAAUGUUAUACAUAUGUAUAUAUACUAUAACGUGUGUGCGUGUGUGUUCACAAAACAUCUGAAAAACCAAAACCAAUCUUAAAUUAGUGUCGUACUCGUGCCAGCCUUAUAAUAUGUAUAUACAUAUAUAUAUAAAUAUAUAUAUAUAAAGAAUUUGUAUAUGUUCUUUAAUUUGUAAAUUGAUAUUUUGUAGUCAUAAAUAAAAACAAAAAUUCAAAGUAAUAUACUUUAAAACAUAUACACACAAACAAAACAUUCUAUUGCACUCCGAAUGUUUUAUGGC